AUGAGUAGUGUAUCAAGCGAGCUCAACGAUAAUCUUUUUCCAGCACAAAAUUUUCCAUGUGAAAAACGUUCAUUAAAUGAAAUAAAUUCAACAAAACGAACUGAUUAUGAUACUUUAGCCAAAUCUCAAAUCCAUCCGAUUCUCUAUAUUCAACAUAAAUUAGAACAUGGCGAAACAAUACAACGAUUGGCACUCAAGUACAGUGUGAAUAUUCAAGAAAUUAAACGAGUUAACAAGCUUUGGUCUGAUUCAGAACUUGGUUUAUUAUUAAACGUUCUCAUACCGGUGAGUACUAGUCAAUUAGCUAUACUUAAAACAACACUGCCAGCAUUAGACAUUGUACAAACAUCAUCACCAAUAAGCAGUCAUCGACCACAAGAAUUGCCAGCGAGUAAUGAAGAUGAUAAUCAAUCAGCCGUUAGUUCAUCUAUAAGUAUAACAUCUUUUGAUAAUAAAGAGCCUCCUUAUCAAGAUUACUUUUCGAAAAUUGAUCAACAAAUUCGGGCAUCAAAGAAAUCUUUACAAACUCUUGAUACUAAACAUGCACGGUCAAGAAUGUCACCAUCAUCUUCGUCAUCCUCUUCAAGAGUCUCUGUUAGUUCUUCUCUUCUGGGCGAUGAAGAAGAUUCAUCAUUAAUACCACAUAAUGCACGUUCAUUGUAUCCAUCAGCCGGAAAUGAAAACACAAAUUCACAGCAUCAUCGUCCAUACAGAAAAUCAAUCUUGUCAAAUGACAUUUUCGUUAAUAUUUCACAAUCAAAAUCUCGUAGUAAACAAGCUCGUGCUGCACUUGAACGAAUACAACGAGAAAAAGAAGAUAUUUAUGAACUUUGA